GAGGAGGACGACAAGGCCUCGGAGCAGACCGAGCGGCUCCUCACGCCGGUGCUGAACAACGCCCACACCAUCCACAGCCACGGCUUCUCGCUCUCCGAAGAGCAGUACGUUAGUAUGGAGAACGCCUACGCCUGUCACUCGGCGGCCGGCCGAGUCUCGGACGUCGGUGACAAGCGUCUGCAGGAGACUACCAAGCCCAAGUCCAAGCCCGUACUGGUGGCCAUCUUCCUAGCACGCACCAUGUGCGACCUCGGCCCGCUGGUCGUGUGCAUAUUCGGUGGAAUUGUCGGAUAUCUGCUGGGAUCCUCGCCCCUGAAGCUCACGGGUGCAAUCCCCGGCGGCUUCCCCGACCCGAAGGUGCCUUGGUACGGCUUCACGUCGCACCUGAUCGACGGCGACAAGUUCGGCAGCGUUUUGUAUCACUCGCUGACGGUUGUCGUGGUGGUCUUCCUGUCGAGUAUCGCCAUGGCAAAGCGUCUGGCGAUCCAGCGCGGAGAGGACAUCAACACGGACCAGGAACUCACGGGUCUCGGCAUUGCCAGCAUCGUGGCCGGUUUCUUCCAGGCCAUGCCCCCUACCGGUGGUAUGUCUCGAACAGCUGUGAACCUCCUGAACGCCCACACGCAGUUGGCCUCAAUCAUCACGUGUCUGAUCGUCAUCCUCUCACUGUACACGCUCACGAGCCCGCUGUACUACCUGCCGAGCGCCACUCUGGCGUCGAUCAUCAUCGUGGCCGGUUACUCGCUGCGCGACGCGUUUUGGGUGUGGACGCUUUCGUUCGUCCUUACGCUCGGUCUGGGCGUGCUGGACGGUUUGAUUGCAUCGAUUUCUGCACGCUUCGUGGACCGCGAGCUUUUCCCCGAGGCUCGUGGCCUGCACGACAUCAUUAUCGUCCGCGUGGACAGCUCGCUGUACUUUGCCAACUGCGAGCGAGUGGCUCUGGCCAUCGAGCUCGAAAUGGUGCGGCUCAAGUCGCUGGGCAUCACCACGCGCGGAGUCUUGGUAGACGCGCGCAACAAGAACGACAUGGACGCCACGACGAUCCAGGUGAUGUCCGACACGCAGGAGAAGCUGGAGGUGCGCAAGGUUCGCUUCGGCAUCGCCAACGCCAAGAGUCGAGUGCACGACUUGCUGGCGGCGACGAACAUCAUCAAGCGCAUUGUUGCUGGCAACCCCUCCAUCCCGCUGGACGAGGCCGUGCUGCUUCUGCGUGAGCACCCGACCACGACCGACAAGACACGACUGUGA